AUGGAUGCGAACGGUGAUGCUGGCGUCAAGCGCAAGCGCAGCACUAUCGCUGGUGCCGCGGAACGGCCUACAAAACAUCUCAAGCCCGAAGGCUCGGUCUUAACCCCCGGCGACUCAACGCCGGCCAAUGGAACCGUCUACGAUGUCGAGGAGGAUGAUGAUGCGGGACGCAUGCUCACUGUUGGGCCUGCCCAGGCGGACUCACCAGAGUGGCAGGCUAUGAUUGAGACUGUCGUAAAAAGCGUCGUGUCAAUUCACUUCUGUCAGACCUGCUCCUUCGACACAGACCUUUCGAUGAGCAGCCAAGCUACUGGUUUUGUCGUGGAUGCAGAGCGCGGAUACAUCUUGACCAACCGACAUGUGGUGUGCGCUGGUCCGUUCUGGGGAUAUGUUAUUUUUGACAAUCACGAAGAGUGUGACGUUCGCCCUGUCUAUCGAGAUCCCGUACACGACUUUGGUAUUCUUAAGUUUGACCCGAAGGCCAUUCGGUACAUGAAGCUCACCGAGCUCAAGCUCCAACCCAAUGCGGCUCAAGUCGGUACAGAAAUUCGAGUGGUUGGUAACGAUGCUGGGGAGAAGCUUAGUAUUCUUUCUGGUGUAAUCAGUCGAUUGGAUCGUAACGCACCCGAGUAUGGCGAGGGCUAUAGUGAUUUCAACACCAACUAUAUUCAGGCUGCUGCGGCUGCUAGUGGUGGUAGCUCAGGAAGUCCUGUCGUCAACCUUGACGGUAAUGCCGUGGCUUUGCAAGCUGGAGGUCGAGCAGAUGGGGCUGCAACCGAUUAUUUCUUGCCUUUGGAUCGUCCUCUGCGCGCGUUAGAAUGCAUUCGUCAGGGCAAGCCGGUCACCCGGGGUACUAUCCAGACCCAAUGGAUCCUCAAGCCUUUCGAUGAAUGUCGUCGCCUUGGCCUAACCCCCGAAUGGGAGGCUGCUGUGCGUGCCGCUGCCCCUGCGGAGACCAACAUGCUCGCGGCUGAGAUUAUCUUGCCUGAGGGUCCCGGCGAUGGGAAACUGCAGGAAGGUGACGUGCUCCUGAAAGUAAAUGGCGAGCUUCUAACACAAUUUGUUCGUCUCGAUGAUAUUCUAGACUCCAGUGUGGGAGGUACAGUUCAGCUGCUGGUUCAAAGAGGAGGCAAGGAUCUUGAGGUCGAGUGUCAAGUUGGUGAUCUCCAUGCGAUCACCCCCGAUCGGUUUGUAACUGUUGCUGGCGGCACUUUUCAUGAUCUUUCUUACCAGCAAGCUCGGCUCUAUGCCAUUCCCUGUCGUGGAGUUUAUGUGUGCGAAGCUGCUGGCUCUUUCAAGCUGGAAAACACCCUGUCCGGAUGGAUUAUCGACUCGGUUGACAAGCGACAAACUCGAAACUUGGAUGAAUUUGUGGCUGUGAUGAAAACCAUUCCCGAUCGCUCGCGGGUGGUCAUCUCCUAUCGCCAUAUCCGAGAUCUUCAUACCAAGGGCACCAGCAUUGUCUAUGUCGACCGCCAUUGGCAUCCGAAGAUGCGUCUUGCGGUUCGCAACGAUGAGACUGGGCUCUGGGACUUCUCCGAUCUUUCUGAUGCCAUUCCUGCGGAAGCCCCCGUUGCGCGCAAGGCAGACUUCAUUCAGCUCGACGGUAUAAGCCAGCCUGCGGCAGCCGAGAUUGUACGCAGCUUUGUGCGUGUCUCCUGCACAAUGCCUUUGAAACUUGAUGGGUAUCCGCAAGCCAAGAAGACAGGCUUCGGUCUGGUGAUUGACGCUGAGAAGGGUCUAGUAGUUGUUUCGCGAGCCAUUGUACCAUAUGACCUCUGUGACAUUACUAUAACUGUUGCCGACUCAGUCAUUGUCCUUGCCAAGGUUGUCUUCCUGCACCCGCUUCAAAAUUAUACCAUCAUUCAGUAUGACCCCAGCCUGGUUCAGGCGCCUGUACAGAGCGCUCGCCUCAGCUCCGAUUUUAUCAAACAGGGUCAGGAUACCAUCUUUGUCGGUUUUAACCAGAACUUCCGCAUUGUGGUUGCCAAGACUGCUGUCACCGAUAUCACCACAGUUUCGAUCCCAGCCAAUGCGUCUGCUCCUCGAUACCGGGCGAUUAACCUGGAUGCCAUCACAGUGGACACGGGUCUGAGUGGUCAGUGCACCAACGGUGUUUUAAUCGGUGAAGACGGCGUAGUGCAGGCACUUUGGCUGAACUACCUCGGCGAACGGACCCCCAGUUCUCACAAGGAUGUUGAGUACCAUUUAGGAUUCGCCACUCCUUCGCUUCUUCCCGUCACCUCGAAGGUUCAGCAGGGUGUCACACCUCAGCUACGUAUUCUGAACAUGGAGAGCUAUGUUGUUCAGAUGAGCCAGGCCCGCAUCAUGGGUGUGUCCGAGGAGUGGAUUCAGAAGGUCGCGCAGGCCAAUCCCUCGCGCCACCAGUUGUUUAUGGUGCGCAAGGUUGAUUGUCCAACGGCAGAGUUGACAUCCAACACAGACAGCUUCCAGGAGGCGGAUAUUAUUCUUACUCUGGAUGGUCAACUCAUUACUCGGGUUUCGGAAUUGGAUGUGAUGUAUGAGAAGGAGAUCCUUGAGGCGUUGAUCGUCCGAAAUGGUCAGGAGAUGCGUAUCCGAGUCCCCACAGUUCCAACAGAAGAUUUGGAAACCGAUCGUGCUGUCGUAUUUUGCGGUGCUGUUCUGCAAAGGCCUCACCAUGCUGUGCGACAGCAAAUUUCUAAACUUCACAGCGAAGUUUAUGUGAGCGCGAGGAGUCGCGGCUCUCCUGCUUACCACUAUGGUCUUGCACCGACCAACUUCAUCACUGCCGUCAAUGACACCCCGACUCCCACCCUCGACCUGUUCGUCAACGAAGUACGCAAGAUUGCCGACAACACAUACUUCCGUCUGCGUGCGGUGACUUUCGACAAUGUUCCUUGGGUUGUCACCAUGAAGAAGAACGACCAUUACUUCCCCAUGUCUGAGUAUCUCAAGGAUCCCACUGUUGCUGCCGGUUGGCGCACAGUCUCCCACGACAAGCUUAAUGAAAAGCAAGGCAUUGCGGCAGACGCGGCAAAUCUGAACCCGGAUGCGAUGGACGAAGGUCUUGAGGGCGGAGGUAGCGAUAUGGAGCCUGAUAUGGAAUAG